UAUUUUUUCUAGGUCCCAUGACCUACCGCUAAAGUCAGGUCAAGUAGUUUCACAAAAAACAAGGUCUGAAGAUGAUUUAUUUUUUCUAGGUCCAAUGACCUACUGCUAAAACCAGGUCAAGUAGUUUCACAAAAAACAAGGCCUGUGCGUCUGAUGAAGCCCUUGUCUCUAGGUCAUUCUUUUGCCCACACAACAUCCUAUCCUAUACCCGAUACUCUGAAUACUCCACCGGAGAGGAAGGACACGCAAUCCAAGAUUUGUUUUUUUUAAUACUUAUUUUUUUAAGAAUACUAUUAAAAAAGACACGUCAGAAUGAUUUCUUUCAAAGUGUCAUAUUGACUUCUGCUAGAAAUAAGUCGCAAAUUAAUAAAAGGCCUUGGUUGUGAGACCAUUAAACCGUGUUAUCUUCCACCAGAGAUACGUAUAGCAUUAUUCUCACUUUCUUGGCUGCCACACAAGUCGAUUCGCUGGGAGUAGACGGCACCAAAUCGGCUGACAUUGAAAAUGUAUCGCAGUGGAGACUCAAACCUGAGACUUUGUGGUUACCAGCCAAAUGCGCCACCGCAAAGAUACAUAAAAAGGGGGGAGUUGUUCAAAAAUAGCUAGUAAAGAUUACAAUCUAUAAAAGCAAAAUAAUGCAAACAAAACGUAUGAUUAAAAAAACGAUGUUACUUUCUUUCAGCACGUGCUCAUCGUAUUUUCGUAAGUAAGAUCGUGCCGAAAAAACUGCGCCAACUUUUAACAAUCUGUCGUCAAUAUCAUACGUCAACUCAACAUCCGUAUAAUGUCAUUACAACGACUUUUAUAACCAACAUGUCACUAACCAAAGACGAUAGCUCGUUAAGCGUUUAAUUAUCCGUAUUAUGUCAUUAAGUUAUUAAACUUGAUUACAAUUAUUUUGGACAACGGCCAUAUUUUAUGACGUCGGCGAUGCGAUUACAAUUUGUUACAUAUAAUUUCCACUUUUUGUUAAAAGUGCUUUUUAUAAGCAUAAGUAAUUCUUACCACAAACGGCCUAUCAGCAUCAGAGUAUUAUUCAAGUAAUAUCGUUUUACAAUUUCUUGAAAUAGAAUACAACCUUUUGCAAAAACAUUAUGUUCAGUGUUGUAGCCUAAAAUUGUCCAGGGCUGUAGCCUAAUAUUGUCCAGGGUUGUAGCCUAAUAUUGACCAGGGUUGUAGCCUAAUAUUCUCCUGGAUUGUAGCCUAAUAUUGUCCAGGGUUGUAGCCUAAUAUUGUUUCAGGUUGUAGCCUAAAAUUGUCCAGGGCUGUAGCCUAAUGUUUCUUGGGGUUGUAGCCUAAUAUUUUCCAGUGUUGUAGCCUAAUAUUCUCCUGGAUUGUAGCUUAAUAUUUUCCUGGGUUGUAGUCUGCAACAGAAAGUUACAAGAAAGUUUGUUAAAAAAAACUUAAAAAAUGAUUAACUUUAUGAUGAAAUUUUCUUUUUCUUUCUGCAUUCAGAAAGAUUUGACAUAAAUUGAUAUGCUAUUCAGCGCAUUCUGAAGCGUGCGCAACGUAUGGUCGCAGCAGUAUGCGCCAUGUUAGUCAAUGGUAAAAUGUCACCAACAUGGCGGAUAUUUAAUUACGCUUUUAUUUGCUUUUACUUUCGACCUAUUAACAAGCUGUUAAUUGCUUAUAUACCAAAACCGAAACUUUCUUCCUAUUAAUUAUAAUCUCUAAUUAAUUAAGUUAUCAAUCCUCGCAAUAAAUUAAUUAUGCAAUGACGUUUCAUCUCCGGCAGUAGCAUAACCUUAUAAGGAGAAUCUCGUAUGUCGGUUUUAACGAGGAAUAAUAAAAGAGUUAACUGGGAUUAGGCAUUUUUUCGUCAGCAAGGUUGCAGAAAUGCCACGUUAUGUCAGGUUUUCGUUUUUUUGUAUGCAGGUUCAAGAUUCACCGCACAUUAAAUGCAACUUUGCUAUCGUACAUUCUUAAAGAAAGAUAUUAAAAAAAGGGAUUUAAAUAGCUAAUAAAUAGGAACAGCAUAGAAACAUCGGCAAGCAUGAAAUUUUGCUGUGUUUUUUCUCUUUUCUGGAAAAAUACAACAACAAACAAAAGAUCAUUGCAAUUUUCAUGACCAGUGGACUAUUCACUUUGACAUAAAUAAACAAACUGUUCAAUAACAAUGCUUACCUAAAGAGUAAAACUGAUUUCGUACUGGCAAACACCUCAGUUUAUAACCAAAUUUUCUAGUUCUACAGAUAGGGAAGUAUAACGUCGGUUAUUUUAGGAUCACCGUCAUGAACCUUUGCACAAAAGAUGCCCGACAAAAAACUGCUUUACUGGUGAGUGUCCGGAACAAGCUGAUUCAUGUUUCUAAACGUUUGCACUACACGAUCUAUCUUACGUAGCUCCUUUGUGAUCAAUAAUGUCUUAAAAAAUUAAAUUAUGUCUUCGUAAUCCAUCGUCAAGGAGCUAUGAAAAAGUAGUAGUCAGUAUUAUCAGAUUAGACAUGUUAACAGAUUACGCUGGCGGGUCAUCUUAUUAUGUUUUGUAUCCAUGGCAAUAUGCAUACUGAAAUUUGCAUAGGCGUUUUUAUCUACAUAUUAACGUUAACCAUGUUGUUAAUUUCAAAGGAACGAAAACUUUUUUUUAUCAAAGACAUUAACAACGCAAAGUUCUCUCAUAAUAUAUGACGCAUAAUGCGAAAUUCACCAUGAAAAAAGGACCUUAUAAGGCAGACGAAUAAUGUGGUCCACUUUCGUUUUGCAGUACGACAAUGCAGUGAAUUUGGAUCAAGGGAAGGCGAGCUUUCAGGGUGGAUUUAACUGAAGAUUGCUUAGCAUUGCAAGAUGAGUAAAAAUUAAAGCCUUUUUUCGAAUGUUGUUCCUUUCUACCAACGUUACGUCUACUGGCUAGCCUUAGUAAAUGUAACUAGCCUGACCAUACAGUAAUGUUUUAGUAAUAACAAGUUAUGGAUAGUAUUUAAUAGAAGUAAUAGGUAAUUGUGUGGUUUGCGUUGUCACAGUUUCAUUCUUGUCGAGAUCAAUAACUACAGAAACCGCUGCAUUUAGUAGGAAAAAAAACUAGCGAGUUUCCCAUGCUUUUCCCAUGCUUUCUAAAGACCAGUUUAAUCAAAAUAGGUAGGCUGCAUAUUAAAAACGUGGAAAUUUGCAGUUUUCUUCGCUCAUAUAAGCACUACUUUUUUGUACAGAAUAUAGAAGUCAAAUGGAACCUUAAGCGUCGGUUUUGUUGGACGGCAUUUUUUGCUAUAGCACAGAAAGCUCACGAAAUUUCUCAUUAGCACGCGCGCAUUUAGUUAAAAGCUCUAAUUUCUUUAAAGUGGGCAUGCGCUUACAAAAAAGAAUCGUGUCCUUUUAGCGCUUUAGCAAGAAGAGACAAAAAACUAACGCGCUAUUUAUGGCUCGACACUAGCAUACUUGAUGCAGUUGAUAAUAUACUAUUUAAAAAUGUACGUGUUUCCGGAAACGAGGCUAUAUUUAACUUUAGACGACUUUGAACGUUGAUCAGGCCAAAAGGUUAGAAAGAAUUUUCGAGGCAUAUAUUAUAUAUGUCGCAAUAAUGGGAAUGGAUUCUAACGACCUUCUCACCCCGCGAACAAUAAUUGCAUUCCUAGUAAUAUGCCCUAUACUCUUGUCACAGCCGACGAUGUUUUAUGAUGUGGUCUUGUUCGUGUAGUAAUUAAUGGCGUCACAAAACUAGUUUGUUGUUGUGAGAAAAAAGAAAACCAUAUUCUGCAGUUUUUCAUUCACUACGUUUAUUAAGUUCGAAUCUACUUGCCAGGGAUUUCUUUUUUUUUUUUCUUUUUUGAAUAAAAGAGGAGUUUAAAGAAUUAUUUUCUUAAGGUUUAAAUCUCAUAUUUAAAAAAACAGAAUGACAUUGCGUUCUUGUUUGAAUUGAAUUGGUGCAAUUAAGUUAAUCAAUUGGAAUCAACAACUAAAUCUGAUAGUUUCUUAUUCCUGUUGUGCUCUCCAAGCCUGUUGUUGGCAAAAAAAUUCCAUUGAAGUGAAACAAACUGAAUUAGAAAACUUUUGUGAACAAUACUCAUUCUAUCAUUCGAAAAGAGGAAAAUGGAAACGCUCAGAAGAAGAAAAAUUCCAGAAAAUACGAAGACAAACAAAGCAUGCAUAUUGUAUAUUCUUUCUACGCGUGCGGAAUUUUCCUGCAAAACCAGGCGACGUUCCAGUAAGAUUUCUGGGUAAAAAGUGCUGAUACCUACGCGAUUAAUCAUUUUUUUUGUCAUCCUGGCAAAAUGAAGAUCUUUAAAAAAUACAAAGCGUUUACACCCUGUGCUAUCCUUAUAUUUUUAUUUUCUCUUGGCGCGAAAGUAAGUCGUCUGUAAUGGUAAGUUCAAUUAAUUAAAUGUGUUCACGAUAAUGUGUAUAUGCACCGUGGGAUCUGAAAGUAAACUUUAAGUUCCGUUUUCAAUACAUAUAAUAGUUACCAUUGGCUGCAAAAAUCUCCUAUGAUUCUUACUACAGAUAUCACGCAUCGACCGGUGUUGAUAUAAUUAAAAAACAUUUACGAUGGAGAGCCAUCUUUAUUAUAUAAUUUUAAUUUCACAUCAAUCAGUUCAGGGAAAAUCAAUUAAGUAACUAAUUGGCAGAGAUUUGUUUAUAAGACCAAAUGACAUGUAACUUUAGUUCAUAUUACAGCCAACAUUUAAGAAAGCAACAUCAACUGUAAAGAUGAGUACCUUUUAUAACAAAUCAAGUCAUCAAUCAUCAUUUGAUACCAAUCGAGAGAAAAGAAUUCGCCCCUUUUUAAAUUCUACUGAAGCAGGUGAAACUUUAGUAAAGAAUCUCGAGAAGAAAGCACAAAAGUCUUCUCGUUUAUUAUUGUGGUAUUUUUUGCUGGACUUGCUUGGCAUGAAGGACACGGAGCAUAUGAUUACAUGGACAGACCGGGAAAAGUUAGAGUUUCGACUUGUGAACGCUCACGAUGUUUCAUACUUGUGGGGUCAUUUAAAUGGAAAAGAGAAUAUGACCUACGCAAAGUUUUCCAGGGCUAUUCGAUAUUAUUAUGGCAAAGGUGUUAUUGAGAAGAUUCCAAAUCGUAGAUUCUGCUACAGAUUCAUAAAAUCAGUAAAGACGAAAUUCGCAAUGGCCAAAGUACUGAAGUCAGAUGCUAAUGAUCCAAUUAAUAGCGGUGAAAGUUGCACGGCUAGUAAUAAAAACAAGUUGUUUAAUUGGAAUGAUAAGCUUAACUGUUUUGGAAAUACGACAUCUAAUUUCGUACAAGCAUUAACCAACAAGGCAGAUACCAUGGACUUCCCAACAACUGCACAAGUUAAAGACAAUUUAAGUUAUUUUCAUAAACUUGUAAAUCCGCCGCAUUGCAAAGGAAAUGAUGGCAAUUUCUCCAAAAAUAAAAAUGAAAAUCUUGCUGCCUAUGUAAAUAACUUGCUUGAUACACCUACCAAUGCAGAAAAACGUAGUGAGGUACUUUUAGACAAUGCAAGCAGUCAAUCGUCAUGCAGCGAUUUGUCAUUUUUAGCAAGUUAUAAUCAAGUCACAGAAAUGGAAAACGAUCUGAGUUGUGAGCGUGACAUGUUUGUUAAUAUUCCUGUUGACAUUCCAUAUAUGGAUGCAAAUGACUUGAUAUAUCAAUGUGGUGAUGUGUUACAACUUCAGAAUGAGUCGAUGAUCUUGCAUGAUAACCUACAACCGCAGUACAAUACGCAGAACAAUUCCCUAUCACAAGGAGACAAAUUUGCUAGUCAAAGCAUGGAGGAAGACCAGAGCUUACCUGAUUUUACUUGUAUGACGCCUACUGAGGAAUUAAUUUACAGCAAUUUUGUUCCUCAAAGCAAAUUCUAUGCCAGUCCAGUUUCUGAAACAGUCUCAGGAAGUUCAAGUGAUUUUUGUCUGGUACAGGACAACAAAUGUAUUGAAGAAAUCCCAUAUUAUGAUUCACUUGACGACAUAGAAAGUAUUAACAAUGAGAUUAACAAGAGAUUUCUAGAAUUAAAACAAAAACAAGAUGAACUGUUAUUAAAUGCCCGAGUUGGUGUUCCCACCAAUUUUAAUUCGUAAAUACAUAAGUAUAUUAUGUAAUUGCAAAGAUCAAAGGGUUUUUAUAUUAAAUGUAUGUAUAAAAAAACAUAUGUCUAGAAAUUGUAUAUAUAAGCAUUCGUAUACCGAAAGUGUAUUUAUAAAUAACAUUUUUUACCUAAGUUUUCUGUAAAGUCAAGCGGAAAUGUAUAAAUUUGUAUAUUUUUAUAUUUCAUAUAGUUAGAGAACACUCUUUA